AUGUCGUCCGAUAUAUCUGAGGCACACGAAAUGAAAGAUCAGCUGGCACGUGUUAGAAAGGCAUUUUUGGAACAGAGCCCAAAAGUACUCUCUUCUUUGACAGCUCUGCACGAGAUAUGUACGGAAGCAGUAUCGUUGCGAGCUACUAUUGUGAAACGCAACAAACCCACUCUAGCACCGGUAGCAGUCGAAGCUGAGAAGCUUAUGUACGAGAUAGCGACUCACAGCAACAAAAUCGUAGAUAUCACUUCAGAGAAGCUUUUCAACAAUAUCCCAAAGGCAAAUGCGGAGCUGUUCCAAGCUCUGAGCUCAAAGUCUAUAGACUCGAUCGAUAGGCAGCCAGAGUCAGCGAGCAGCCCUGGGGUUUCAUCUCAAUUGCUUGGGCCAACCACCCAAGCGGAAGGAGCGCAGAAAGUAGCACAAGCAAUUAUCCAGGACCAUCCAACUCUUACUAAGGUCGUCACUCUACAGAUUCGCAAGCCUAGCUUAGGCGGAAAUAUCAACAAAGCAGGGGCAGCUACCGACAAGACCAAGCCCAAUUCAAAAAAGCAUGGACUCUCAAGCAGUCCAGGAGGAACCGAUCCGAAGAAGUCAAAGAAACCGCUCCCUAGUGGUCAAGAAUUGAGCUCACAAUGA